GGCUUAAAAUGCCUUGUGUGUAACGGGGGAACAAAAAUAAAAUCAAGAUAUAAUUGAAAUUGGAGUACAGAGUAAUUCAGAAUAAAUUGAAAAUUUGGGAAUUUCUUCUCUUUUUUCAUCUUCAUCGUCUUCUCCGAUGGCUGCUCCAUACAGAUCAAGAGAUGGAUUGAGCGCGCGGCCGGUGGGGUAUGGCGGCAAUUCCGAUGAGAUUCAGUUGCGAAUUGAUCCGAUGCAUUCAGAUUUCGACGAUGAGGUGACUGGUCUUCGGAAACAAGUUCGGAGACUUCGAGAUGUGGCUCAAGAAAUUGAGACAGAAGCAACGUUUCAAAAUGAUUUCCUGAAUCAGCUGCAAAUGACAUUGACUAAAGCUCAGGCAGGGGUGAAAAACAACAUGAAGAGACUCAAUAAGAGCAUCAUUUGGGAAGGAUCAAGCCAUGUAAUGCACGUUGUCCUUUUUGCACUGCUUCUGUUUUUUCUGGUCUAUUUCUGGUCCAAAUUGUCACGAAAAUGAGUAUGCUUGAGAGUUCUGUCCUGCUCCUGUGAGAUGUUGAGACACGGCAACACCUGAAUGCUGAGAGUUCUGUCCUGCUCCAUUGAGAUGUUGAGACAAGGUAACACCUGAAUGCUGGUUCUUGUAAAUGUUUGCAUUUGGUCCCCAUCAUCAGUUGACUAUCAUAUUUGAUUUACCAGUGUACAUGAAAUUUCUUGUAGAAGAAUGAAUUGUGGUUAAUAUAUUAGCAUCAACAAACUAUCAAGAUCUAAA